AUGGAAAACUUGAGUUCUCCACAUUGGUCAACCAACGGCAUAGUCAUGAAGCCUAAACGAAUCAAUGAAUGGAAAGAAAAAAUUGUCGUUGGAGUCGUUACUGGAGUUGUCGUUGUUGGUGCAAUUUGUGGUUUGAAAUCGUUACAAAGUGAAUUUCAUCGUUUAUGA